AGGUAUUUGAAGAAAUAUUGGCGAGUGUUCUCUGUAGUGCAGAAACAAACGAGUGGCGUCUUUUAAGAUCGUCUACGGAACUGUUUUAUUAUUAUGAGCUAUGCUAAUGCUUCUGCCUGACCUCGUCACGCCUCGAUAUUAGGAUUCUGAUCCACUUUUCGUUUCAGAUCUAAAACAUAACCUGCGGAGUAAACAACGUGGACGAUCGUCGUGUGAAAAAAAAUCUACAAUUAGUGAAGCGAUACUGCGCUUCCGAACAACUUAAGAUUAAUUAGUUCAUUGUUCUAGUCUUGACAAUAUGAAGAGGAUACAGCUAUUAGUUUUAGUACUAUCAAUUCUAAGCGCGGUGUUGUGUUCCCCCUUCGACGAUGGAAAGUACAAACCGAAAUCAUGGGGUGAAUAUGACGAUGGCAAAUAUUACCGACCACAUGAUGAAGGAAAAUAUAUUCCUGGAGACGAGGGUCGAUACACUUAUAUAUACAAACAAGGCAACUGGCCUAUAGAUGGUACUUACAACUAUAAAGAUGGAGAAGAUGACCCUUAUAUGGGCUAUAGAGUGUAUGCUAGUCGAUACCCGUACGUGCAUGGCGUGAUAAAAGGUUUAAUUGAUAAGUAUGUGUCAUCGGACAAUCUACAAUUCGGUGAAGCGACUGAGGGUAGCACGAACCACUACAGCAAAGUUUACGCGGAUAAGGAAAUAGCAGUCAAAUGUAAAUACCUAAUGCCUAAUGCCAAUGGAUCGGAAUUUACAACACAAUACCCACCGAAUAUGAAGAUAAAGAAAGGAGAGAAAUUGGGUUCUUUCUACAGUUACAAGGGAUCUAAAGUGUUAAGUACUAUAUCAAAUGCCCUCACAAACAAAAUGAAACUAGAAUACGAAGUCUUCGUAAGGGUUGUUGAAGACAUAUCAUCGCCUACUACCAAAGUUCCUACGCCUUUGAAAAAUGAAGAAAUUAAAUCGCCCCUUAUUAUACUUAGACCCUCUAGUUACGCCAAAGUUGAAUCAACAACUAAUAAUAUUGUUAAGGAUUCCAUAAAGGAAAUUGUAAAAUCAUUGAUCGUUGAUGAAGUGUUGCCAACAGUUGCCGGUAUCAAGCCAUCAACUGCUGAAGAUUUAAAAUUGACGAUUGGUGAUGUACAAUUAGUACCAAAUGAUGAAGUAGAAACAAAACCUACGCUACCAUACGAGAUGUUUUCUAACGCGUAUAUAACAACCACUGAUAAUGCAGACGUUUUAUCUCAAGAGGCAGCCACCGCAACAGUGACUGACGGCGGAAAUACUUUAACUCAAAAAGAUGCAACUGCCACAGCAACGGACAGUGGAUACAUUUCGACUCAAAAAGAUGCAACUCUUACAGCGACGGACAGUGCUUACAUCUUAACCCAGAAUGAUGUAACAUUAACAGCAACGGACAGUGGAGAGAAUCCAACGCAAAAAGGUGGAACUGUUACAGCAAGAAACAUUCUUGAUAUUUUGACACAAAGCGCUGCAACUGUUACAGAAACGGACAAUACUAGAAUUUUGGCUCAAGAAGCAGCAAUAAUAACAACCACUGACAACAUACGAGUAGAUGUACAAGUUUUUACAGACAACGAUUCAAAUGUAACGAUAACUGACUUACUAUCGACGACCGAGGGUGGAGAACGAGUUUGGAUUAAAAUGAAGAUCUUAUUGGUCUUUUUGUUAGCUGCCUUCAGCAUUGUUAGGAGCGACGACGAUGGACGAUACCGACCUGAUUUUAACUAUGGACGAUACAGUUAUUCUGGCGAUGGACGAUACAACAAUUUUGGAAGAUUCAAUAACUACUACAGGAACAAUGGUAGAUAUAACUACAGACCUUAUCAAGGAUUGUUGUCACCGUACAGCGUAACAAGCGAAAACUACAGAAACAUUGUGCCGCAACUUACCCAGACUCCUAGUCCGGUUACCGUCCGACCCACGACUUCUAGUCCUGUUUACACACUGCCCACGGAAAGAACAGUUUUACCGACCGUUUUGCCAGUAUUACAGCGAAGUAAUAUACCUGAAGGUAACGCUAGAAUUGUCAGCCAAGACAAUGACUUCGAUGUUAACACCUAUCGCUUCAGUUACCUGACUGAAAACGGAAUCAGUGCCGGAGAAACUGGCUCAGUGGAACAAACUGAAAAUGGUGGUACGAGAGUUACAGGCUUUUAUGAAUACAUCGGUGCUGAUGGUAUUAAAUACAGAGUGGAUUAUACUGCUGAUGAAAAUGGCUUCCAUCCAACUGGUGCGCACUUACCUUAAAUAUUUUCGAAUCGACAUGAAUAAAUGUUUAAAAAGCUACGAAUAAAUCCUUAAAUAUUUAA